AAGUCACGUGAUAUAUUUCAAACCAUCAAUGCAACGUGUGAACCCCAGCCUUGAUUCACGAUCUUCGAGGAAGCACUACUGCUUGUUCUGCAACAGCAACGUUGACGAUGAAUUUAAUCUCGGUGUUUUUUUUGUUUCUAAAUAUCGACGCAGGUGGACUGCAGCGCAUCAUCAUUGUCUGUUAUUUGCUGCCGGGUUGAAGCAGGCUGGUAAAGACAGUGAUGGAUUUGCAGGAUUUUUGUUACCUGACGUAAUGGAUGAAUAUAGGAGAUGCCGUCGACUUAGAUGUGCCUAUUGCAAGAAAAAUGGAGCUGCCUCUGGAUGUGUGAUGAGGUCAUGCCGUCAGGUUUUUCAUUACACUUGUGGGAUGACAGGAGGCUCUCUGUUCCAGUUCUAUGGUUCUUUUCACUAGGUUGGCAGGUCUGCUGCGGUCACGUCAUUGUGAGAUCUCACGUGGGGGUCAAUUACUCGAGAGGGGAUCGUCUAAAUAUCGAAGUGUGUGUUUACAUUGUGGUGUGGAACGCAGUCUUCAUGCACGGUAUAGUGGCGAUUAGCCCAGCAGUUUGGGCGUGAUUGAUGUUACAGACAGACAGAUCAGACUUUUAUAGAUAUAGAGAAGAAGAUUGAGUAUUCAGUAAUAAACUGACAUCAUAUAACAAGUUAUGAUUAGCACAGCUUGAAACUCUUGUGCAGAAACUAGGUUUUGUAUUUCCUGAAUAAUUCUC